UUAUUUUUAAUUAUUAUUAGUAUUAUUUAUCAUCUUCUGUGAACUUAUUACUCUACUGCUCUGCUAAUACUCUCUCAGUGCAAUCUGUGUGCCCUAGAUCUGUCUCUCCUUGUUGUCGCUCUUUUUCUCCACAAACCUUCGGUGUCUCUCUCUAGGGUUUCCACUUUCCUGCUGUUUGUUUUUGUUGUUGUUUAUUAAGUUAAGGUACAUGCUCUGUAUUGAGAGAUUUUCCACUGCUUUUCCUGUUUUGUAGAUUUUUGUUGGAUUUAGGGAUUGGUGGGGUUCAUUGCAAGAAAGGCGAGCAUUUUCAUUGGGUGUUUGAUUUGAUCCUGUGAUUCUAAAUUACGGUGGGGAUUUUGGUGUUUUUGUUGGCUCGGGGGAGAUAAGGUUUUGGUGGUGGUCAAAUUGCUGUCUUCUUGGUGUUGUUGUCUUUUUGGGUUGUCGGUUUACUGGAUUUGAUGAAGUAUUGAAAUUUCAUAGCAAAUGACUAGUCAUUGCUGAUAUUUUGUCCAUGAUUAUGGAGUUUUGACUGUUUGGUUGUCGUGAAGUUGUGUCCUUGGAGUGAAUGUUGUGUGUUCAUUUGAUUGAGUGGCUGCGAAAAUGGGAUUGAUAGAAUUUAGAGUUAUCUAGUUUAGGUUACUUUCUUUAUUUCUUUCUCAAAUAUUCUUUGGUUGUGUUUGGUGGAAAUGGGAAGGGAAGAAUAUAGAAUUGUAAAAAUGAAAUUCUUGAAGGGUAAUUAUUGAUUCUAAAACAGGGCGUUGUUGGAGGUGGUUUUUGUGCAUGAUGGGUUGCAUUUGCUGUAAACCCUCUGCAAUUGAGGAUAAAGAGAGCCCAAGAGAGCGGCUCGCUAGCAAGCCCUCAUCGGACUUGCGGUUAUCAAGGGCCACCUCUUCUAGGAGGGAGGAAGCAUACAGAGUAAAAGAUCGAUAUGAUAGCAAUGAUGGAAGAACAACGUUGAUUGAUAAGCAUUCAAAUGGUUCUGCUAGAUUGCAUGGUGGUGAGAGUGUCGAUAGGAAGAGGGAGACGAUGGAAUAUGCGGUAGCUCAACAUCCAGGGACGGGUAAUAUACCAAAGGCGACUGAAGGGGAGCAUGUUGCAGCAGGAUGGCCUUCCUGGCUAGCUGCAGUGGCCGGAGAAGCAAUCAGGGGAUGGCUGCCACGGCGUGCAGAUUCUUUUGAGAAGCUGGAUAAAAUUGGCCAAGGAACUUACAGUAAUGUUUAUAGAGCUCGUGACCUUGAUCAAAAGAAGAUUGUUGCUUUGAAGAAAGUAAGGUUUGAUAAUCUGGAACCUGAAAGUGUUCGCUUUAUGGCCAGGGAAAUUCACAUUUUGCGUAGGCUUGACCAUCCUAAUGUGAUAAAACUUGAGGGUCUAGUUACAUCGAGAAUGUCUUGCAGUCUGUACCUCGUAUUUGAGUACAUGGAGCAUGAUUUGGCUGGACUUGCCUCACAUCCUGGUCUGAAGUUUACAGAAUCACAGGUGAAAUGUUACAUGCAACAACUUUUACAGGGACUUGAUCACUGCCACAGCCGUGGUGUUCUACAUCGUGACAUAAAAGGUUCCAACCUAUUAAUCGAUAAUAAUGGCAUCUUAAAAAUUGCGGACUUUGGUCUAGCAAGUUUUUAUGAUCCAACUCAUGUUCAACCACUCACAAGUCGUGUUGUAACACUUUGGUACCGACCUCCAGAGCUUCUUCUUGGAGCCACUUAUUAUGGAACUGCAGUUGAUUUAUGGAGUACAGGUUGCAUACUUGCUGAACUAUAUGCUGGCAAGCCUAUUAUGCCUGGAAGAACUGAGGUCGAGCAACUGCAUAAAAUUUUCAAGUUGUGUGGCUCACCUUCUGAGGAUUAUUGGAGAAAAUCAAAAUUGCCUCAUGCAACUAUCUUUAAGCCUCAACAGCCUUACAAACGCUGUGUUGCAGAAACGUUUAAGGAGUUCCCUGCAGCAGCUUUAGCACUUAUGGAGACCCUACUUUCUAUUGACCCUGUAGAUCGUGGAACUGCAGUUUCUGCACUGAAGAGUGAGUUCUUUACAACAAAACCACUUCCUUGUGAUCCUUCAAGCCUGCCCAAGUAUCCUCCGAGCAAAGAGUUUGAUGCAAAACUACGGGAUGAGGAAGCUAGAAGACAAGGAGCUACUGGAGGCAAGGGCCAGAAACCUGAUAUUGAAAGGAGAGGAACAAGAGAAUCUCGAGCAAUCCCAGCACCUGAUGCCAAUGCUGAACUAGUCUUAUCAAUGCAGAAAAGACAAGGUCAAUCAAAUUCUAAGAGCCGGAGUGAGAAGUUUAAUCCUCAUCCAGAAGAAGUAGCUUCUGGUUUUCCCAUUGAUCCACCUAGACCAUCACAAGCUGUGGAAUCAAGUAUGGAUCCACAUGUGCAUCAGCAUAAGAGAGCCUCUCAUUCUGGGCCACUGGCCCAGCGUUCUGCUUGGACGAAGGCUGGUAGAAACCUAGAUGAUGCUCCAAAGGUUUCUACUGGGGCUGACCUGUCAACAAUGUCAGGCUUAGUAGCAGCAAGAAGGAGUUUAUUAUCUGAAGAUCGCAGAGAAAGGUCUGGCCCAUCACAGCCGGAAGUUCCUAAAUUAAUGUCGAGGUUUCCGGGAUCCUUCAAGGAAGCCUCAGAAUCCCUUGUCCAGGAUCAAAAGCAUCACUCUCAGGGCGUUGCAAGUUCUCAUCAAAAAGACGAUGGAAGAAGUAGCAAUAACGAUCCAGCCCUUGUUGGUUAUGGGUCAAAGGGUCACAAAAUUCACUAUUCUGGUCCAUUGUUAGUUCCAUCAGGAAAAAUGGAUCAAAUGCUGAAGGAUCAUGAUCGCCAGAUCCAAGAAGCUGUAAGACGAGCUCGUAUUGACAAGGCAAAGGUCAGAAAAGUUCAGGUUGAUGGGAACCAAAUAUCAAGCAAUUCAAUAUUUGUUUCUGGUCGCUAAGCCUGAUUAAGCUCCCCAAAUAGAUGUCAAGAACAAAGGAUCACUGCAGAAUGGUUGAAGUUAUUGGGUGGGGUUUCUUGUAUAGGGCUCUCCAUCGCAGAAAGAUAGUGGGAUAUAGCUGAUUGAUAAAUCUCGCCGUUGUCUCUGCAGCUUAUCAAGUGUAUUUACGUUUUAUUGUGUCCCCACAAUAUCUGAAUUAUGGGCCAUUCUUGUAGAGCAUUUUUAGUAGUCAUAAGCUGUAGAUUAUUAUGUGGAAAAUAUGACUUGGUUUGUGGUGUUAAAAGAAAGAAAUGUUGCAUCCACCAUGCUUAAUUGCAGAAUAGCUUUUGCAAGCUCCUGAUUAGAGUGGACGGAUUCUUCAAUUUCAUUUUAAGUAAACUACUUGAUUCAAAAUUUCUUUACAA